AUGUCCGUUUCAAACGAUAAAAUACCCACCAACCUUCCAAUUCUUGAUUCGAAGAACUACGACAAAUGGUGCAAGCAAAUGAAAGUCUUGUUCGAUUAUCAAGAUGUGCUUUAUGUGAUUACCACCGGUGUUACUCCUCUUGUUGAAGAGGCUACUGCAGCCUAUGACAACUUUGAGAAAGUUGGUGAUUGUGACUCGGCAAAGCAAGCUUGGGGGAUUCUUGAGAAGGCUUAUGCAGGGGCAGACAAGGUGAAGGUUGUGAGGUUACAAACUCACAAACGUCAAUUCGAGUUACUUCAAAUGGAAGAAAAGGAAACGGUCAACAAUUAUGUGACGCGUGUUACGCGUUUGGUGAAUCAAAUGAAGUCUUGCGGUGAAGCUAUUUCGGAGCAGAAUAUUGUAUCGAAAGUGUUGCGUUCUUUAACACCUAGAUUCGAUAACAUUGUGGUUGCGAUUGAAGAAUCAAAGGACCUCAAGACUAUGACCAAAGAUGAGCUUCAAAGCUCAUUGGAAGCUCAUGAACAAAGGAUGGAUGAAAGAGGAAACAAUAAGGCGAAAGCGGAAGUGGCUUUGCAAGCUCGUUUAAAUGAAAAGAACAAGAGAUCGAAAGAGAAAUGGUCUUCUAGAAAAAACGCGUUCGGAGAAAAACGCAUUGUAACGGUUCGAGAUGGAGUUCAAGGUAGUGAUGAGUGGUACUUGGGUUCUGGUUGUUCGACUCAUAUGACUGGUAGAAAGGAUUGGUUCGUGAAGAUCAAUCAAGUCACGCGAAGUAGAGUGAGAUUCGCAGAUAAGACGACUUUAGCGGCCGACGGUGUCGGUGAUGUUUUGAUCAUGAGAAAGGAUGGUGGUAAUUCCUUGAUCAAAGAUGUAUUGUAUAUUCCUGGAAUCAAAUGUAAUCUUUUAAGUAUUAGCCAAUUGCUUGAAAGGAAUUACACGAUUCGCAUGAAAAACAAGGUUUUGCGUGUUUUGGACCAAAACAGUAUUUUGAUCCUUAAGGCUCAUAUGGCUGCCAAUAGAACUUUCAAGAUUGAGUUGAAAGUUGUGGAGCAUAGGUGCUUAGCUACUGCUGCAAGUCAUGAAGAAUGGUUAUGGCACUACCGUCUCGGUCAUCUCAACUUUCGAGACCUCGACGCGUUACAUAGUGGUGUCCGGGCUACCACGGAUUAA